GAUCUCUUUCUGAGGAAUGUUUUUCUGUAGUUUCUUCCGACUUGCUCUCAUCCCAGGGAACCACUUCUGUCCCUCCAGCAGCCUCCAUUCCUGGGAAAAAUCUUGGGUGUCGAUCUCUUGAUGGGAAAUUUUUUGUGGGUUACUGACAGGCCUGAAUUAACAGGCUCAGCAGUCACUGUGGGCACCAACCAGCCAUCUGGAAGGGCUCCUAUUGCCCCAGAGCUGCAGUGAGCCAGAAGGGCAGAAUGGAAGCCGGGGAGCCCCAGGACUGUACCUCCUGGUUACCUGAUGAGUUGGCAUUGCGCAUCCUCUCGUACCUUGAUGCCAAGGAUAUCCUGCAGGUGGCGCAGACUUGCCAGCGCUGGAGAGAGUUGGCUGAGGAUGAAGGCCUGUGGCAGGGAAAGUGCAAGGCUGAUGGGAUUGAGGAGCCGCCGCAGGUAACAAGGAGCAGGGCUAAAGGCUCUGGGUCCGGUCCCUGGAAAAGCGCUUACACCAAUCAGCUCAGGGUCGAUACCAACUGGCGCCGAGGGAGAUUUAGAAGAAUAACUCUUAAUUUAAUAAGUGAGAAUCGUAGACUUUACUGGAUGGCAUUUAAUGGGAAGGAAUUGGUCUGUACAACACAUAAGGAAAUAAUAAAGGUCUGGUCGGCAGUUACAGGCGAGUGUCUAAGGACCCUUGUGGGAGACAGAGCUAGUGUCACAGCAGUGCAAAUGAGAGAUCACAUGAUUGUUAGUGGAUAUGAGGAUGGUACAGUAAAAGUAUGGAAUGCAGAGAGCGGGGAAUGUAUCCACACGCUGGGCGGCCAUACUGCUUACAUACACCAUGUGCAUCUCCAUGAGCAAAGAGCAGCGAGUUGUUCUACAGAUCGCACCAUCCGGGUUUGGGACAUUGAGGCAGGACAGUGCUUACACACCCUAUUGGGGCAUGAAGCUUCUGUCAUGUGGGUUUGGUAUAAUGGCCGAAGGUUGGUGAGUGAAGAUUUCAGUAAUGUAGUGAAAAUGUGGGACCCUGAGACAGAAACCUGUCUGCUCUCUGUUUGUCUGCACUCCGGUGCAUUCACUCCGGUACAGUUUGAUGGGAAGCACAUAGUCAGCCUUCUGUACUCAGACGGAACCAUAGGCGUUUGGGACGGGGAGACAUUACAGCGCACAAUAACAGGGAAUGAGCCCUACACUAUUGUGAUGACUCUGAAGAACAGCAUUCUGGGAGUGGUAAAUAGCGGCCGCGCUGCUGAAAUAUGGAACGUCGAAACAGGGCAGCGCUUGAAUCUCCUGCAGGAUCCCGAUGGAUUCGACCUCCGUGCCAAUAGCUUAGCUCUCCGGGGGGAUUUCCUCAUAGGCAGGACUGACACUGGGAGGAUCACAUUGUGGGACUGGAGAACGGGGCAAUUUCUGCGGAAUCUGUUUGUUCCUAAGAGAGAAGAAAGUCUGGAUCGUCAUUUACUCGUCUCUAACACAAAGUUAGUCUAUGUGGUUUCAGACACAUGGAAAGGAAUAUUUUCUUAUCCAACUAAGGCGGUGAUCCUGGACUUCAACGUGGAGGAACGGGCAAGAAGACAAAACUGUUCAAUGUUCUAAGCUGGUUGGUUCUCUUCUUAUUCCCCAACCUAAUGAAACCUUAUGGGAUAAGUAAAACUGCUGGUCAGUUUCCCAACAUGAAGCAGUCAAGGACGUUAUCAGGAGAAAGAAAGAGGGCUGACCUGAUGCUCUUCUGGUUUGGAAAGACGAGAGAAGAGUUAUCAGAGGUUUCUAAUGUUUAUCCAAACCAGAAGAACAUAAGAAGAUCAGCCCUCUUUCUCCUGACAACUCCCUGACUCCAUGUCAUAUUCGAAACUGACCAGCAGGCGGCGCUGUUGUAACAAAAUGUAUUCAAAUUAAUAGUACUUUAACCCUUAAUAUAAUAAUGAAUGUAAACAGCAAAAGUGCUUAGACUAGUACUCUCAUUAAUUGUACAUAAACUUAUUUUAAAGGUUUACGGAACCUUUAAAUGAUGUUUCCUAUAUUAAGGCUGUUUAUUGUU